AUGAGAGAGGUAGUGGUCAGUACUACGCCCAAAAAGAUCAGUGGUCUGGAGUUCAGUGCGUUGAGUGCAGCAGAUAUCGUUGCCCAGUCUGAAGUAGAGAUUUCGACCCGUGAUCUAUUUGACCUUGAGAAUGGUCGUGCGCCCAAAAAAGGUGGUGCUUUGGACCCCAGGAUGGGUGUUUCUUCGUCAAGUCUCACUUGUGAGACCUGUCAAGGUAAUUUGGCAAGCUGUAACGGUCAUUUUGGUCACAUUAAAUUGGCGUUGCCAGUUUUCCACGUUGGUUUUUUCAAGUCGACAAUCCAAAUAUUACAGGGUGUUUGCAAGAGCUGCUCUGCAAUUUUGUUGAGCGAUGAAGAUAGAAGAAAUUUCUUGAGUGAAUUACGUCGUCCAGGAGCUGAUAACCUGAGACGUAUGGGGACCUUAAAAAGAAUACUCGACCAGUGCAAGAAACAGAGACGAUGCCUCAAAUGUGGGGCUUUAAAUGGUGUUGUGAAAAAAGCAGCGGCGGGUUCUGGCUCUGCUUCUUUGAAAAUUAUUCAUGAUACUUUUCGCUGGGUGGGUAAAAAAAGCGUUCCAGAGAAGGAUAAAUGGGUUGGUGAUUGGCAAGAAGUCUUAUCUCAUAAUCCGGAGUUAGAGCGCUACGUUAAACGAUGUAUGGACGAUUUGAACCCUCUUAAGGUUCUGAAUUUAUUCAAACAGAUUGCUCCGGAAGAUUGUGAGUUGCUGGGUAUAGAUUCUUCAAUCAAGUCUGGUAGACCGGAGACUUACAUUUGGAGAUAUUUACCAGCGCCACCAGUUUGUAUAAGACCUUCUGUUAUGAUGCAGGAUUCUCCUGCUUCGAAUGAAGACGAUUUAACUGUUAAACUUACAGAAAUUGUGUGGACAUCAUCAUUAAUCAAAACAGGUUUAGAGAAGGGUAUAUCAAUCAAUAAUAUGAUGGAGCAUUGGGAUUACUUGCAACUAUCCGUCGCUAUGUACAUUAAUUCAGAUUCCGUCAAUCCGGCAAUGUUACCGGGAGCAUCCAAUGGUGGCAGUAAAGUUAAGCCAAUAAGAGGAUUUUGUCAAAGAUUAAAGGGUAAGCAAGGUAGAUUUAGGGGUAAUCUAUCUGGUAAACGUGUAGAUUUCUCAGGUAGAACCGUUAUCUCACCGGAUCCAAAUUUAUCGAUAGAUGAAGUUGCAGUUCCAGAUCGUGUAGCAAAAGUCUUGACCUUCCCUGAAAGAGUCACUCGUUAUAAUAGAUCAAAGCUGCAGCAACUGAUCAUUAAUGGACCAAAUGAACAUCCAGGUGCGAAUUACCUAUUGAAAAAAGAUGAAGACGCUAGAAGAAACCUUCGUUACGGUGACCGUGUCAAAUUGGCAAAAUACUUAAAAAUUGGUGACGUAGUUGAAAGACACUUGGAAGAUGGUGAUGUUGUGUUAUUCAAUCGUCAACCGUCCUUGCAUAGAUUAUCAAUUUUAUCACAUUAUGCUAAGAUUCGUCCUUGGAGAACUUUUAGGUUAAAUGAAUGUGUUUGUACACCCUAUAAUGCAGAUUUUGAUGGUGAUGAAAUGAAUCUGCAUGUCCCACAAACCGAAGAAGCAAGGGCUGAAGCUAUCAAUCUGAUGGGAGUCAAGAAUAAUUUGUUGACUCCAAAGUCCGGCGAACCAAUUAUUGCUGCAACUCAGGAUUUCAUCACUGGUUCAUAUUUAAUUUCACAUAAGGAUUCAUUUUUUGACAGAGGCACAUUAACUCAACUACUCUCCAUGAUGUCAGAUGGUAAUAUGCAGUUUGAUGUUCCACCACCUGCAAUCAUGAAGCCGUAUUAUCUCUGGACUGGGAAACAAGUGUUCUCUUUGUUAAUCAAACCAAAUAAGCAGUCGCCUGUCGUCAUUAAUCUAGAUGCAAAAAACAAAGUCUUUAUCCCUCCAAAGGAUAAAUCAUUGCCUAGUGAAAUGUCUCAAAAUGAUGGGUUUGUACUUAUAAGAGGUUCAGAAAUCUUGAGUGGUGUUAUGGAUAAGUCUGUUUUAGGUGAUGGAAAAAAACAUUCCGUCUUCUAUACAAUAUUAAGAGACUAUGGCCCUCAAGAAGCUGCAAAUGCAAUGAAUAGAAUGGCUAAACUUUGUGCCAGGUAUCUGGGUAAUAGAGGUUUCUCUAUCGGUAUUAGUGAUGUUACACCGGCAGAUGAAUUGAAGCAAAAAAAGGAAGAUAUGGUUGAGACUGCAUACGCAAACUGUGACGAAUUGAUUGACUCCUACAAUAAAGGAAAGUUAGAAACUCAACCGGGUUGUAAUGAGGAGCAAACUUUGGAGGCCAAAAUAGGUGGUCUUCUAUCAAAGGUCAGAGAAGAAGUUGGUGAUGUUUGCAUUAAUGAGUUAGACAAUCUGAAUGCUCCGCUGAUUAUGGCUACGUGUGGCUCUAAAGGUUCCACGCUUAAUGUUUCCCAAAUGGUUGCUGUUGUCGGGCAACAAAUUAUUUCAGGUAAUCGUGUUCCUGAUGGAUUUCAGGAUCGUUCAUUGCCUCAUUUCCCAAAAAACUCCAAAACUCCUCAGUCCAAAGGUUUUGUGAGAAACUCCUUCUUUUCCGGUUUGUCCCCACCAGAAUUUUUAUUUCAUGCCAUCUCUGGUCGUGAGGGUUUAGUUGAUACUGCAGUCAAGACCGCUGAAACGGGUUAUAUGUCGCGUAGAUUAAUGAAAUCUUUAGAGGAUUUAUCAUGUCAGUACGAUAAUACUGUUCGUACUUCUUCAAAUGGUAUCGUUCAAUUCACGUACGGUGGUGACGGCUUAGAUCCUAUGGAAAUGGAAGGCAAUGCUCAACCGGUAAACUUUAAUAAGACUUGGGACCAUGCAACAAAUAUUACAUUUAACAAUACAGACCGAGGGUUACUUCCUUAUCAAAUUAUAGAAAAUACUAAUAGAAUAUUAGCACCGCUUGAAAACAAAUUGGUAAGAUACGAUAAUGUUGGAAUGUUGGUUUCCAAAAAAGAUGAAGGAUUGGAAGAAUACAUUGAUCAAAAUGAUGCAGAGAGAAAUUUUUAUCACUCCUUGAAAACAUACAUUACUGCAAAAGCUCAUGCGCUUGCAGCAGUUAGAAAAGUGAGGGGACUGAAAGCUUUGCUUGAUGAACCCGGUGCAGAAUUUGAUAGUGUGGAUUUAGAUGAAGGUGCGCCUAUUGAAGUUAGAUACUCGGUCGAUCAACUAUGUAAGAUAACAAAUGCAGCUCUUAAGGAAUUCUUAAGAAUUGCGUUAUUAAAGUACCUCAGGGCAAGAGUAGAACCAGGUACUGCGGUAGGAGCUAUUGGUGCACAAUCCAUUGGUGAGCCCGGUACACAGAUGACGUUAAAAACUUUCCAUUUUGCUGGUGUCGCGUCUAUGAAUGUUACGCUUGGUGUUCCUCGUAUCAAGGAAAUUAUCAAUGCAUCGAAAGUCAUCUCAACACCAAUUAUCAACGCAGUUCUUGUUAAUGAUAACGAUGAAAGAGCUGCAAGAGUGGUUAAGGGAAGAAUCGAGAAGACGUUAUUGUCAGAUGUUGCAUUUUACAUUCAGGAUGUCUACAAUGAUAAUCUCUCCUUCUUACAGGUACGAAUUGAUUUAACAACAAUUGAAAAAUUACAAUUAGAACUUACAAUAGAAGAAAUUGCAGUAGCAAUCACAAAGGCUCCAAAACUAAAGAUCCUUUCAUCGGAUGUCAGCAUUUUGGGCAAAGAUAAGAUUGCUAUUAAUGUCUUUCCAGAGGGAUAUAAGGCCAAAUCUAUCUCGACGUCUGCCAAGGAGCCAACAGAGAACGAUGUUUUUUACAGAAUGCAACAGCUGCGUCGGUCUCUUCCCGAUAUCGUUGUGAAAGGUCUACCAGACAUUUCAAGAGCUGUCAUCAACGUUCGUGAUGAUUCUAAAAGAGAACUUUUAGUAGAAGGUUAUGGCUUGAGGGAAGUCAUGUCGACUGAUGGUGUCAUUGGUACCAAAACUGUCACAAAUCAUGUGCUCGAAGUGUUCAGCGUUUUGGGUAUUGAAGCUGCAAGAGCCAGUAUUACUGGUGAGAUCAAUUAUACAAUGAGCAAUCAUGGUAUGAGUGUUGAUCCCCGUCAUAUCCAACUUUUGGGUGACGUCAUGACAUACAAAGGUGAAGUUUUGGGUAUUACUAGGUUCGGAUUAAGUAAAAUGAGAGAUUCCGUUCUGCAACUAGCCUCUUUUGAAAAGACAACGGACCACCUUUUCGAUGCUGCCUUCUACAUGAAAAAAGAUGCAGUGGAGGGUGUCUCCGAAUGUAUCAUUUUGGGUCAAACUAUGUCAAUUGGUACAGGUGCUUUUAAGAUUGUUAAAGGAACGAACCUACUUGAAGAUGACCUCAAACCAAAGCCAACGUUGUUCGACAAAUUGGCAACUGAAUCUGCAGGAACUGCUUUAAAAAUUAAUUAG